UCUCCGCCGCCGGGCAGCUGCUGGUGGUGCCCGCGGGAAGCGCCUGCGCGCUGCAGCCGCUCGCUGCCUGCCCCGGAGCUGGCGCCGCCCGCAGCCCCCUGGCGGCUCCCUGCCUAUUUUAGUCCAAGCUGCCGCUUGUUGGCGGCGCGGGGCCCAGAGGAAGCGGCAGUGAAGUCCCCGGCGCCUCAGCCCUGGAGCCGGGAAACUUUUCCUGAGGCGCCCGGCAGGGGGCUAAGGGCCAGAUCAGAUCAUGUUAUGGAUCCAACCAAAUCAGAAGGAUGCGUGAGCCGGUGAGAAAGAACAUGGACUUCUGAGAACACUAACUUCCUAGAUGCUUAAAAUAGAAGAGCCUGGGAUUAUGGUGAUCAGUUACCAAUGGCUACAAAGAUGGAAAAGCAAUGGACCCCUCUACCUGUACCUGUAUAAAUAAAGUUUUAGAAGGCAGAGAGAACUUAAACUGAACCAAAUAAUUAUUUCAGCCAUGGGAGAAAAUGAAAGUUUUUGGGAGAGCUUGAUAUAUGCACAUCCUACCUGUGUAGCCUGGAAGCAAGAGCCAGAAGGAUCUAUCUACCAUCUAGCUAGUAUUCUAUUUGUUGUUGGCUUCAUGGGAGGAAGUGGAUUCUUUGGGCUAAUGUACGUCUUCAGUUUGCUUGGACUGGGCUUUCUCUGCUCUUCUGUAUGGGCUUGGCUGGAUAUAUGUGCUGCUGAUAUAUUCUCCUGGAAUUUUGUCCUCUUUGUGAUAUGCUUCAUACAAUUUAUUUAUGUUACUUACCAAGUUCGGAGUGUUUCCUUUGAAAAAGAAUUCCAGGAACUCUACAGUUCUCUUUUUCAGCCUCUGGGAAUCUCCUUGACUGUUUUUAGGAAGAUUGUCUUGUGUUGUGAUGCAGAAGUGGUUACUUUGGAGAAGGAGCAUUGUUAUGCUAUGCAAGGCAAAACACCUAUUGAUAAACUCUCUAUGCUUGUGUCUGGAAGGAUCAGAGUGACCGUUGAUGGAGAGUUUCUGCAUUAUAUUUUCCCCCUUCAAUUUCUGGAUUCUCCUGAAUGGGAUUCCCUAAGACCCACAGAAGAAGGUAUUUUCCAGGUAACUCUUACAGCAGAGACGGACUGUCGAUAUGUGGCUUGGAGAAGAAAGAAACUGUAUUUGCUGUUUGCUAAACACCGUUUCAUUUCACGUCUGUUUUCAAUUUUAAUUGGGAGUGACAUUGCUGAUAAACUAUAUGCCUUGAAUGAUAGAGUGCACGUAGGAAAAGGACUUCGAUAUGACAUCCGGUUACCAAACUUCUACCAAGUGGCAGUACCAGGGACACCCAAAGUGCAACCUGCAGAACAACUUGUGAGCAAUUCAAGACAAAAGUUCACUAACAUUGCAAACUGUGACUCUUCUAAAAAAUAAAAAUCGAAAAGAUAUAUGCUAAAUUAAAUAGGGAAAUACAAGUUAAUAACAGGAAAAUCAAGCUGAACAAAACCUAGUAAAGCCAAACUUAAUUGAAAGUGCCAUUUACUUUAGCUAAAAUAGCUUGCAUCCCUUUUCUCCCUGCAGAGCCAGCUGGUUGGCUUGUACAUCUUGACUAAUUAUGCAUUAUGAUUAAUUUCUUUUGUUGGUCUUAUUACUUUGGGGGGGGGGGAAAUGAAUCAUGAUGGGAUGAAGCUUUAUUGUAAUUGUGGUGCCUUCUGUGUGUGUGUGUUGUUUUUUUUUAAAUGAUAUUUGCAUAGCGCUCUUGAUCAUAUGUAUUCCAACUUGCUUGUCAUAAUGAAUUAUGAAUCUAUUUCAUCAUAGUGAAAAGCAAGUUAUCUUAUCUUAUUUUGAGUUGCUUGUUACAUUCAUAAUUACAAUAUGUGAACCUGAUCUUUUUUUAACCAUCAGAAUCUUAGAGAAGAUUACUUUAAAAAAAAAUUUAAACUCAGAUUGUCGUUUUCUUUUUUAAAAAGGGGAAAUGACAGAAUGUGAAAUGCACAGUAAGACAACGUUUUUUUUUGUUUUUUUUUUCAUUCAGUCCAUGAACAGUUGAUUUCUCUCAGGCUAUAGGAAAGAGGCAUUACACGGAAACAAAAAACACUAGUGUAGUUGCUGACGUGAAAAAAAGUAAAGCAAUCAAUAUAAUUGCUGCAAAAUAUAUAAUAGGAAAAAGGUUGUGUAGUGCUUUGAAGUAGCUAGACUUCAAAGGUGUAAAUGCCAAUCAUAAUGUACAAUAAAUACUGUACAUCAAUCACUAACAUAUUUAAGUCUAUAUUUUACAGAAACCCUUUGUCAGGUUUGUUAUAAAGCAACACAAAUCAGUAAAUACGUGGGGCUACCAACAUAAAACAGCAAACUAUUCUUCUUAGUAGUGAAGUACUCCUAUUUAGCUUGCAAAGUCACUUUUCUGUGCCUAUAAACGUUUUAAUUUAAAAUACAUUUUCUCCCUAGUGUGGGUGUCUUUAAUAGUUUAUGGGGAUUGAAGAUCAACAUUUGGUUGGAGAAACCUAGUUUUAUACCUUUUCCAAUUGAUUUUGAGGUCAUUGUGCCUUUGGGGAAGAGGUGUUUGAAUGUCUUUCCUAACUUACUAUCUUGCUCUAUGCUUGAUGCAUGCCUAUAAUCAAAAAGGGAGAACCAUUACUAUUUUAUGAGACAAUAUUAAUGCUUGAUACAUAUCAAGGUAGAUUGCCUUUUUAAUAUUUAAAACUUAAAAAUUGCUCUAGGGUUUGGGAGGAAAAGUUAGUGCCUGCCUUUUUUUACUAGAUCUUAUGAGUCAUUGGUGGAGGUUUAAAGCAGUUGCCACAGUCUCUACCUUGAAGGUAAUCUUACUGUGUAAGAGGAAAAACUCUUUCAAAAACACAUUCAUCCUGGAGCCUGAGCGAAGUGGUUUUCAGUAAGAGUGGCUUUACAGAAGAAACCAAAUAAAUCCAUGUAUUUUAACAAAGUUAUUACAAAUGAUGAAAAAGUAUAUAUUGUACAUCACUCAAUACAAAUAAAAGUAGUAUUUACAAUGCAAGAACAAUUUUGCUUUUAGCUUUCUCCAUUUUCUAGAGAGAUAGAUAUGUAGUGGUGCCAUGUGAUAUUGCAGAGCUACUUGUGUAUAAUGGGGUAAUCCCAAAUUCAUUCUAAUAAAAACCUCUUUAUUAUGUACUCCCUAUGUUAUACCACAUGAUGUCACGAUGUCCAUAAAAUGACUUUGUUUCUGUAACCCUGUGGCAAUACCUGCAGCCAUUUAAUUAACUGAAAGAUGCUGAGUCCCUAAAUUAAUUUUGGAGCUGAGGCUGUACACCAUUUUGCAGGAGGUGGCUUGCACCUCAUAUAAUUGGGUUCUCUUAUUGCUCUGUUGACUUCUCAUUUGUGUUCUGCCAACUCAUCCAUCUCAGUCACAAUUAUCAAAUAUCUCACUCUUCAGAUAAACUUUCAGCAUUUUUUUAAAGGUACCCCAAAAUUAUUUUUUCCUCACCGAAUCUGACGUAGAUAAAAACCCAGGAUUGAACAUGUCCUUUGCUAUAUAAUUUGUUUUGGACCAAUAAGAGGGUUUUACAAUAUUUUAUGAACCCCUAGGACUAGAAAUGCCAUUAGAAAGGUAGUAUUCUAAUUUUGACAAACAUUGACAAAGCAUUGAUUUAUUGCUCUGCUAGACAUUCAAAUCAAGACAUCCUGCCUUUUUUUAUUUUUCUUUUUAAAGCUAAUUUUAAAUAAUAGAAGUUUUACAAAACUUACUAGUAUUAUUUUUUCUUGCUUGUACUAUCAGAUAUAUGGCAUAAAAUUCUGGUCCCCUUUGAAGUCAAUGACAAAACUCCCAUUUAAAAUUCUGUCAAGUAUCAGAGGGGUA